AUGCUUGAUCGCCAAGGAGAAUUAAAGGAAGAACUCUGUUCGUUAACCUUGCCUUGUAGAGCAACCGGCUCUAAAGUUUUCAAUGCACGCAAUGAGAUGUGUGGGAUAUGCACAGGCGGUGCCACAAGCACGACUGGACAUCGUUCAGGAGUUGUUGCAGAAAUGAAGGACGUUGGGCACCCAGACAUCUAG